CCGUUCAUUAAAUGCUCCUGGAUUUAACGGACGUUAGCUUGCCGUUAGUGACGUUUUACCAAUUUGCCCUUAAUUGUUGUUUGGCGCGAUUUAGGUAACAAUUGUGACUGAAAUUCCAAAAAAAAAAAACUUCUCAACUUCUCUUCUUUCUCUCUCCUUUCCCCUGUUCUUCAACCCUCAUCAAUUCUACUGUAACUGACAAAAUUCUGGGUAGAUCUUCAAGAAUUUAGUGAAAUUUGUUGCGUUCUCUUUUGGCGAGUUCGUGGGUGUUCGUUUGGUGAAUUCGCGACAAAAAGGGGGCAACUUGGAGGCGAUUUAGAGCUUCGGGUGCAGUGGACGAACAAGGGCCCUUUUCCUAGUUGGAUUAUCUACUUCAAGCAAUCAGAAAGUGGUGUAUGGAGAGGGUUGGGGCAAGAUUUGACAUGGCAAUUGAUAUGGAGGAUGGUCAGUUGACUGAGUAUGCCAAGAAAGAGGUGGAUGAAAGAACAGGAGAGUCUAGGUUCUGCUAUGCUACAGCCUGUGGUGGGGGGGAAUUUGAGGUCAGAGAUGCACAUGUGAACUUCCCCAUCAGGUUAUCAACUAGAAGCUGUGGGUGUGGGAAGUGGCAAAUUUCUGGAAUCCCCUGCAAGCAUGCACUCAGGGUGAUUUAUGACCAAAGGCUGAACCCCAUUGAUUUUGUCUCCCCAUUCUUCAAGUCUGCUGCAUACAAGCUUACAUAUGCAGACCACAUUCACCCCAUAUCAGACCCAACACAGUGGCCUAACUUUUCUCUCCCUACCAUUCAGCCUCCAGUCAUCAAAAGACAAGCUGGCAGACCUGCUAAGAAGAGAAAGAGAGGACCAAAUGAACCCAGGAAGGGGAAGAGAAACAGCAAUGUGAAAUGUGGAAAGUGCAGGGAGUUUGGUCAUAACUCAAGGACAUGUAAGAAUGGAGGACCAAGCACUGGACCAAGCACUUCAGCAGCAGCAGGAGCAAGUACAUCACAAGGGGGUUCAAGGGGGAGGAAAAGAGCAAACACAGCAACUUAACCAUGCACAAAGUUAAAAGUUAGUCAGUUUUUGGUGAAUUGUAGGUGCACAAAGUUAAAAUAGCUUAGGCAAUUUACAAUUAGUAUCACUUUUUGGAAAGAACACAAUUGCUUAGACAAGAUGUUUUUGUGCAGUUUCAGUGGCAUUUGUCCACUUAGAAAUCAGUUUUUGUAAAGCUCAUAUGCUUAAACAAGUGAUGUUAUUGCUUGAAAUUUGUUACAACUCUACUUCAUUGCUAUCCAAAUUAGAAAUGCAAACAUUAUUACACCAAUUUUUAUUGCAAACUUGAAUUGUUGUUUCUGUUGUUUCAGUUUCUUCUUCAAUAGCUUCAACUCUUCAUGCAUUCCCCUGCUUCCUUCUUGCAUUCCCCUGUUUUCUUCUUGCAUUCCCCUGUUUUCAUCAGCUCUGUUUCCCUUGCUUUGAGCUUCAUCAAAUGUCUGCUCAACAAAACCUUUGCACCACUUGAAAUUAUCACAAGGAUCACACUUGUAGUAAAGCUUUUGCGGAUUUUUAGCCGUUUCCGAGCUCCUAAUUGCAAAUCUUCUCCCACAAUUGCAGUUUUUAUUUGGAACUCUUAGGUAUGACAAACUUGGGAUGGAAGAGGAUCCGGUUUUUGAAUUAGAACUCAUGGCUAUUUAGGAAAUAGAGGGCUAAACAUGGAGCAAGUCAAGUGAACAACAGCCUUACUUAUAGGCAGCAUGAACAUAACGGCUAUAUUGAAUUAAAACUAGCCGUUGGAUUCAAAUUAUGAAGUUUGGGUAUUUGGUGCAAAGAACUUUACAAAUAGGUGUAUACUAUGCAAAACCUUUAUAUUUAGGUGCAUUUUAUGAAUUUUAAACAUGACUUAACGGAGGACUAACGGAAAGUCAUAAUAGGGGUAUUUGGUGAACAGUUUUGAGUAAA